AUGUCUGCAGAGGAGGACCAGGGCGGAUGGCAACUGACAGAGUCUGACCCGGGUGUCUUCACGUAUGUCCGUCGCAGGAUCCCUAAUUUCUUUCUACUUAUGCUCGCCGGUUGCCACAGCGAGCUUCUGAAGUCUCUGGGGGUACCGCUUGUGGUCGACGACCUCUACUCUCUUGAUCCGGUUUCACUUUCCGAAUUUCAGCCCUUACAUGCGUUCGUCUUCCUGUUUAAAUGGGUCGGAUCUUCUGCAGAACCUACUGCCGGACGGUAUGAGCCCGAUUACCCUGGGUUUUUCGCACACCAAGUUGUGAACAACGCGUGCGCCACUCUCGCAGUAAUGAACGCGAUUGGGAAUAUACCUGGUCUUCCGAUGAGCUCUCAGCUCAGUGACCUCAUGAAUUUCACCAACGGCAUGGAUCCUCAGACUCGGGGGAUGGCAAUUACCAGCUCGGACUGGCUGCGGGAAGCACACAAUACGCUUUCCCCUCCUUCUGCGAUUUCGCUAGACGGCCUAGGACUACCCAAGACCGCAGAGGAUGCAUACCAUUUCAUUGUGUAUAUGCCUAAUAUGGGCUGCGUAUAUGAAUUUGACGGUCUGAAGCAAUACCCGAUCAAUCACGGACCUUAUCAAGAAAGCGGAGAAGGAUGGGUCGCGAAGGCAAGGGAAGUCAUCGAAGCCCGAAUCGGGACGUAUCCGACAGGCGCGCUCGAAUUUAGCCUGCUCGCACUACACGAUGAUCCGAUCCCCAGCCUACAGGCACAUCUCGUUGAGCUUCAAGCAGCUGGGAGACAAUCCGAAGCAGCAGACCUUGUUGUCAGACUGUCGACAGAGAACUCAAAACGAGAGCGCUGGGCCUUUGAGAAUAGCCUGAGGAGGCAUAACUAUGUGGGCUUGAUUCACGCCCUGCUAUUGGCAAUGGCCAAAUCUGGCAAGCUUGAGGCAGCAAAGGAGGGCGCGAAAAAGACCAUGCAUGAUCGGAUUCAGAAGCGGAAAGAGAAAGGCGAGAACGCCAUGGAUGAGGAUUGA